AUGUCAGGGGGUGGCAGGAAGAAGACGGCGUGCGUGACCGGAGGUAACGGGUACAUCGCCUCGGUGCUCAUCAAGAUGCUGCUCGAGAAAGGCUACGCCGUGAAGACGACGGUCAGGAACCCCGAUGACAUGGAGAAGAGCUCCCACCUGAUGGAGCUGCAGGCGCUUGGCCCCUUGGAAGUCCUCCGCGCCGACCUGGACGACGAAGGCAGCUUCGACGAUGCAGUCGCCGGCUGCGACUACGCCUUCCUAGUCGCUGCUCCGGUGAACCUCCAUUCCAAGAAUCCUGAGAAAGAACUGAUCGAGCCUGCUGUCCGAGGAACCCUGAACGUCAUGAGGUCGUGCGCCAAGGCUGGGACAGUGAAGCGCGUGGUUCUGACCUCGUCGGCGGCCGCAGUCUCCGGCAGGCCGUUGCAAGGCAGCGGGCACGUUAUGGACGAGGAGUCCUGGUCCGACGUCGAGUACCUCACUGCCAACAAGUCCGGUCCCUGGGGGUACCCAGUCUCCAAGGUGCUCUCGGAGAAGGAGGCGUGCAGGUUCGCGGAGGAGCACGGCAUCAGCCUCGUCACCGUCUGCCCCGUCCUCACCGUCGGCGCGGCGCCUGCCACAAAGAUCCACACGAGCGUCCCCGCCAGCCUCUCCCUGCUAUCCGGCGACGAAGCAGCGUUCGGCGUGCUCAAAGGCAUCGAGAUGGCCACGGGCUGCGUGUCGCUCGUUCACGUUGCCGACCUGUGCCGUGCCGAGAUGUUCGUCGCCGAGGAGGACGCGGCCGCCGGGAGGUACGUCUGCUGCAGCGUCAACACCACCAUCGUCGAGCUCGCCCGUUUCCUGGCGGACAAGUACCCGCAGUACACCGUGAAGACGGAUCUGCUCUCCGGCGAGCGGCUUCAGAAGCCGAGAGUGCGUCUGUCGUCCGAGAAGCUGGUGAGGGAAGGGUUCGAGUUCAGGUACAGGACGCUGGAUGACAUGUACGACGACAUGGUCGAGUAUGGCAAGGUCCUGGGAAUCCUGCCCAACUGA